AUCGCCAAUCGCAAAACGGAAAAGUUGCGAACUUUGACUCUCUCCAAGCACGAUAUUUCCCUGAAGAUAUCGGCUUCAAAAAUGGGCGGCGCAAGCUCCAAACCAGCACAGAAUGCUGUGCGCAAGUUUCCGACCAGAGCUCCAGGAUCCGCGACCCCCUCGUCUCUCACAGCUGUGAGAAAUGCAGCUCCAGAAUCAACAACACCACCAACGCCAUCUCCAGCAUCUCGAGCGCAAACACAGGCUGUACCCCCAAAGUCCACAACUCAACUUGCGCCACGGCCCUCUGUCACGAAGAAUGAGUCCGCCGGUCGACCCUCUCCAUCUUCGAAACAAGAUUCCUACUCCGCAAACCCAGACAAGACCCCCUCAGAUUACCCAUCCACCGCUUUUGCCUCGCGCCUCAAACAAAUGGGCGCUGUCCAGCCUAACCCAACAUACUCCCCCUCCUCAAUAGCAUCGCCGCUAGUCGACGCUUCAGGCAUUUCUCAGUCCAUCUCCGGCCCCAUGUUUCCCUCGGCGAAGAAUAACCCUACUCUUGGAGCGCUGGAAAACCGCAGGCGGCUAGAGGAACAGGCAAAGCGGGAGAUGGAGGACUGGGGCAAGUCUACUCAUCAAGGGAAGGAGCUCUUGGAUAUCGGCACCAUUAAGAAGAUCUUCGUCCUGAGUGAACAGGGCGAGUCAGAUCAGGCGAUUGAGAAACAACUAGGGCUGAAAAAGGGGGUCGUGGCUAAGCUCGGAAGGGACUUUCUCUCCAUCGCCUCAUGAGCAUAAGCAAGUAAAAAGGGACAAGAAAGCAACUUCUUAUACCAAGUCCUGCUCCUGCCGGCGUAGGCUAUCAGACCCUUGGAACUCCCUCUUGUAAGACUAGAAACCAAAGGAAGAACGAAGAGAUAGGACGUCUCUUCCUGUACAAAUACCAUACGAUACCCGUCUUUGAA